AUGACUGAAAGUCGUUUUCCGACUGAUAAAAGAAUUGUAUACAUCUCUCCUAAAGAGCUUUCCAGUCUGCCAACAGAUGGACCGAUUUAUGUACUAUCAACUACAAAAAACCCAGAACACAACGAUGUAGCAAAUUGUAGUUCAACUGAACUUGGUGCAUCUAGCCAGGAUUCAUCUUCGAUCACUUGUUCAACGUUUGGUUCAACUUCAACUUCAUCUACCAACAGUGCAAAUUAUUUUAAUAACACAUUAGUUCCAUAUUCAUUCCCUUAUCACGCUAACAUUCCAUAUCCUACUCCUGUGGUUUCAACAAAUUUAAUUCUUCCUUAUGGAUUCUGCCCUCCUUUUCAACUUCCACCUUUUGUCGGUUCACAACCAGUUUCAUGGGUAACACCUGCUUUCCCAAACCACACUUUAUAUCCCCCAAGUACCAAUUUAUUUCCAGCAUCUGGUCAGUACAUUCACCCCUACCAAAAUCCCCCUACUUUCCAACAGAAUGUCCCACCAAAUUCAUACUUUCAAACAUUCAAUCCGCACAAACCACCUCCGUCUUUUAGUUUACCUCAGGUAACUUCGAAGUCCAGCAACGCCGUUCUCAUUCAUAAUUCUGCUACAGUUGUUACUACUAAUAAUACCGUUACAUGUGUCGCGAGUACUAUGAAUACCAACAAUACCAAACAUUCUUGUUCAUUCAAUCGAUCAAACGGAGAAAAUGGAUUUUCGGAACCGAAUAACUCUAAAAGUGAAUCAACGUCAUCAAAACAAUCGCAUCCUCUACGAUACACCAAACUGAUCUACGCUUCGGAACUUGAUUACUUUGCUUUUGACAGUAGUACUGGAUCGUAUGUAGCUACACGUCAACUUAUUGAUUUGGAAGAUCGAUUUGAAAAUGAGGUGAUCGCUCGACGUCAUCGCGCUACUUUAAAUGAUCCAGUAAGACAGCCUCCUGAACGUCCUGCAUUGUCGGAUACUGAGCAUCGACGUAAUUCCCGUGCUUCACAUCUUCAUCGUUCGAAAAAGUCGACCCACAAAUGUGAUACAGUGAAUUCAGUGUUUGACAAUAAUUCCGAUAAUGAUGAUGACUACUUGGCGGCUAUCGGUGAUAACGCAGAAACUUCAAAAGAUGUUUGUUUAUCGACUGGAUUUAGAAAUAAGAACUUAUCCAUCGAUCAUACAAAACAUAAUUAUGAAUCUAUUUGUGCAUCUAAUAAUAGUAUUAAUAACACGAGUAAUAAUAGCAUUUUAAAUUCUGAUUAUCACAAUGUCAAUGGCCAUUCCAUAGGUCAACGUAGUAUAAGACAACAACGUGAAAUCGCUUAUAAAAUUGAACAUCCUAAUCGUUUACAUCCUGAUAUUGGCAUAAUGAAGCUAACGAGUUCAAUGAUGGUCCAGCUUGUUCUUGUAAACCGAAAUAUCGUAUUGGACCAUUACACAAUCAAUACGAAGGUGAACAGCCCAUUCCGCUAUGUAUUCCAGAAUCAAAUAAUCAUGAUCGUCUUUAUCAUUAUCGUGUGA